AUGGCAGACAACUCUACACGACACUGCAUCUCAUCUUUCUUCCUGGUCGGUGUCCCUGGCUUGCAGGACUUGCACUGCUGGAUCGGCAUCCCCGCCUGCCUCCUGUUCUCCCUGACUCUGCUGGGGAACAGCAGCAUCAUCGUGACCGUCAGACUCGAGCCGAGCCUCCACCAGCCGAUGUAUUUCUUCCUUUGCAUGCUGGCCGUGAACGACGUGGCCCUGGCCUCGUCCACUGCCCCCAAGAUGCUUGGCAUCUUCUGGCUGGAUGCUCACUGGACUGACGUUGAUAUGUGCCUCGCACAAAUGUAUUUCAUCCACACAUUCUGCAUAGCUGAGUCCGCCCUCCUGGUCGCCAUGGCCUUUGACCGCUAUGUGGCUAUUUGCAUGCCCCUCCGCUACACAACCAUCCUGACGACACCGAAGGUCAGCAAGAUGGGUCUGGCUGGUGUGACCCGAGCCGUCCUUCUGGUUUUGCCAGGUCCUCUCCUCAUUAAGAGGCUACCGUGUUACACCCAAGACGUCAUCAAUCAUGCUUACUGUGAGCACAUGGCUGUGGUGAAACUGGCCAGCGCUGACACGCGCGUUAACAGGGCAUAUGGCAUCUCUGUGGCCCUUUCAGUGAUGGUACUGGACCUCGGGCUCAUAGCCACCUCCUACAUCAAAAUCCUUCAGGCGGUCUUCCGGCUCUCCUCCCAGAACGCCCGCUCCAAAGCCCUGGGCACCUGCGCUGCCCACGUCUGCACUAUACUUGUCUCCUACACGCCUGCACUGUUUAGCUUUCUCACCCACCGCAUUGGCAAGAAGGUGCCCCCAAGUGUCCACAUAAUUUUUGCCAGUUCCUAUCUCCUGGUGCCCCCCGCAGUCAAUCCGCUGGUGUAUGGCGUCAAGACCAGGCAGAUUCGUGACCGAGUGAUUGGUCUCUUUUGCCCAAAAAGGAAAAUUUCUGAAAACUAA